CAAAAAUAGUCUCAAAAUAAUUUGAAAAAUGUUGAUAGGACCCAAUACGUCCACAUUACUUGGAAAUUAUAUAUUUAUUGGUAAAAAUUCUUUGAAAUAAAGAGGAAAUUAAAUACAGUUGAGCUUGAGUAAAUCGAACCCCCAUCUGUCAACAAAUAAUGUUCGCGUUGGCAAAAAAGGUUAAAUAAAAAUUUUGCUGGAGCGGGCUAAAUAAUUAUUUCCCUCAUAUAAGGUUGCCAUCAAAAUAUAUUCCAGUUAUAAGGGAUUCAGGUUGUAGGACUAAAUUUGUCUUAUUUUUGUUCUAUACUACCCAUACAGAUUCUUUGACUUGGAGAGUCGGAACUUCGAGUUCUAGAAGUUUUACUGUAUAUGUAUAUAUGCAUAUCCAGAUCCGAAAUCUAACAAUCUAUACUUCCGGCAAUAAACAUAUUUUGCUAAGAUUAUAUAAAUGGAAUUGAGGCUAGCUCAGCUCAGUCGAUAUCGAGCUUUCAUAUAUAACACAUUCCGCAAUGGUUUUCACUGCUUUCCAUAUUUUCUGGUUUCUGGCAAUACUUACCCUUCAUAACUAUGGACAAACGAACGGAGAUAACUUUAAAGAACUCUUUCUUUUGCCCAAUGGCAAGAUGUCAUGUGCCAAGGCUGGUUGCGAGAGUAUUAAAACUCCGAUGGGGGGAAGUAUUGGCAUUACCAAAGGCUUAAGGACGGAAAUCCAAUGCGACGAAGGAUUCCUUCUUUUCGGAAGUAAAGUCACUUACUGCAAUGGAGCGGAGUGGAUCCGUGAGUUGGGAACAUGCAUCAAUAAAACGCAGGACUACUGGUGCGACUUUGAGAGAGAGGAUAUGUGUGGUUGGAGAGAACAUAACACCCAGGACCAUUUAUGGAAAAGGAUCAGCUUUGAUCCUGAUUUACACUCCAACACUAUCCACUAUCCCCGCCGGGAUCACACUUUCCAGAGCGGCAAAAUAGAUCACUUUAUUCGCAUGGAAAUGGACAACAAUCUCUCCGGGGUCAAACAUUUUUUAUCCCCCAUCUAUCCCAAGAACCUUACCUUGGGAAACUCCUUGUGCUUUCAGUUUCACAUAUUUAUGUUUGGAACAGAUGUCAAAGACUUGGUGGUAUCAGCGAAAUUAAAAUCAAUAACAAUCGAAGAUAUGUUGAAGAAUUUUAAAACAAACUCCACCAAAUUCAACCAUCGGGGCGCCAAGUGGGUUAAGUAUUCGAUCCCUAUCGACGAAAUGGAUGAGAGUUUCCAGGUGGUUUUCACGGUCACGGACCCUGCAUCGCCCCGUGGUGACAUUGUCAUUGACGAUGUGAAAUUGAUGAAAGGAGAGUGUAGGCACAGCUCAACUAACAAAACCACCAAAUCUACUACGCAACCGACGACCACCAAAAAAACAAUCGAAUCUUCGGCACCAUCGACAGCCACUUACAAAACCACCAAACCUACAGAACCCCCGACGAACAUUAAAAAGACCAUCGAAUCUUCCGUACUAUUGACGACCACUAACAAAACUACCGAGUCUACUAAGCAACCGGUGACCACUAAAAACACCACCGAAUCUUGCGUACCAUCGACAACCACUUACAAAACCACCGAACCUACAAAACCACCGACGAACACUAAAAAAACCAUCGAAUCUUCUGUACCAUCGACGCCCACUAACAAAACCACCGAAUCUUUUAAGCCACCGACGAUUAGUAAGAUAAUCGAACCUUCUGAAACACUGAAGAACACUAAAAAAACCACCGAGCUUUUAACGCCACCAACAUAUACAUACGAAACCAAAGAAUCUUCUGAACCACCCACCUUCAUUACCGAAUUCACCGAAAUUACUGAAGUCACCGAAAUGACCGAAUAUUUUGAAGCACAAAUCAGUACCAACCAGAGUACGCUGAACAGUGGGGAAAAAUGUUCAAGUGAGGUUAGGAAAUAUAUCAUUGUCUUUUUUAUUUUGGCAGUUUUAUAUACAUAAGUAAGAAACCUAAAAUAAAUUAGUGUUACAAAUUUUUAUCGAGGGUCAGUAAGGGUAAAAACUAAAAAAGCUUUAAAAAUGUAAAUCGGUUAAAUGCAAUAAAAUUAAGAAGAUAGAUUAUAGAAAAUAUUCCAUUAUUAAAAAAUCUUUGAAAUAAGAUAGAACUGAAGUUCUUUCAGAACUUAUAGUGGCACUUGGUUA